CUGGGAGGCCAUUAAACGCUGGGAUGAGGCCAUCCAGUUGACUCCAGAAGAGGCGCCUCUGUAUGAGAUGAAAGCUCAGGUGCUGACCAUCUUGCAGGAGGUGUUCCCGGCGGUACAGGCGGCAGAGAUGGCAGUCAAGCUCCGCCCCUACUGGUGGGAGGCGUGGCAAACCCUGGGUCGUGCCCAGCUCAGUAUGGGGGAGGUGGAACUGGCUACCCGGUCGUUCCAGGUGGCGGUGCACCUCAGUCCGUGUGAGCGCCACCUAUGGGAGGAGGACUUGGUGUGGGCACAGAAACUCCGCGAUCAGAAACGCCACGCAGCCCGGGUCGCCUCGCAGGAGGAGGAGGCGCGCCAUCUCAUAGACGAGGCCCCAGAACUGCAGCAGGACUUCGACGACUUUGAGAGCGACGAGGUCAUCGCAGCAUGCACCGCCAUUGCCGAGCGACAGAAGAAGUACGAGGAGCUCCGGAAGACAGCGGUGGUCGUGGCGACGCAAGGCGUCACCACAGAAAGGAUGAGAGAGGAUGCAGACAGACCUUCCUGUGCCUCCCACAGUGACUUUGUGAAAGCUAGAGGACUGUAGGCAGAGCCGCAGGACUCUCACACAUCGUUUCUUUUUUUUUUUCUUGUACCUGAUAUAUGUGUUGUUAAUGUACAGAUAAUGAAUAAUUUUUAGUUUCUCUAUGUCUGUUUAGGCAUAAAUCUUAGAGCAUAGAUACACACAAACUGGUUGUUAAGUCAUGUAUCUGCUGUUGAAACAUCAAUGGAACACAAAACUGGUUUCAUACUGGUCACAGUUCUGCUAUAAGAUGCUAUGUUCUUUUGUUUAGUUCAGCUUUUUUCUUUGGGGCGGCGCACCCUCUACACCAUAGCUCCCGAUUCAACUCUCUCUAUAUAUGAAGAAGUAAAAGCUCCUCACUGGGAAAUCAAUUUGUUUGAAAUCUUCAGCGCCGACAUCUCGGAAGAGGCCAUUCUUUGUCCUCAGACUUGAAAUAUGUCCUUGGCUCAGUUAAAUUGGUGGCCUCUAUGAGUGACACGAGAACAAAGGCACUUAUGUAUUCCUGAUGAGGUUUAAUUCUUUUCCACGAUAAAGUUUUUAUGAUGAUCUCCAUGGAAAUCACCCUCUCCCUAUACACAACUGCCACAGAAUCCCCAAAUUCCCGACUUCACCGCAUCAUCUGAAACCCCCCUAGGGACACGGAAUGCUGCUAGAUCCAUAUCCAGAGAUCCAUCUAGCCAGCCUCCACUUCCAAGAGUCAGAGAAGGGCAACUGAAACCCCAGCAGCAUCCCAUUUAGACUCCCAUCGUUCCUGUCCGUCCCCAUCGCUCAUUAAUGCUUUUGUGUGUUAGUGCUGAUGUUUAAGGCAUACUAAGGCAGUUUUUAUGAUCGUAGCAGGCUAUCGGAUAUGAGCGGCAUCCUGUCAUUUCUGAAGCCAUUAGCUAAUGCUAAUGGGGGACGCAGCGCAGUUGACCGGUCGGGGAAAGGGCUCUGAGAGGGUGGCCAGAGGAAGUCAUUGAGAGAAAUAUGAGAAUAUGAGAAAAAGAAGACUUCCUCUCGACAGGCUUCAGCUUGUAUGUCCUGAGAAGGAUGUGCUGUCCUGUAGGCAGUAGCAGCAGCAGCAGCAGCAGCAGCAGCAGCAGCAGCAGCAGCAGGGUUGAAAAGGUUAGCCAGACCCGUCCUGCUUCCGGCUCAAACUCUUCUGCAGAGGACUCCAAGCGGCCCUCUGAUGUGGUUGUAAAAGCGAGGCGCAUACGGUAGAGGAAGCACUCGUUUGAGUAUCAGCAUGUUGUGUUUGCAUUUUUAGUGCAUUCAUUGUGAACAUUGUGUGUGUUUAUAAUCGUGUGUGUUAAUAGUUGUGUGUGUUAAUAAGGUGUAGAUACCAGGCAGACAUUCUGGUUCCCUAACUUUAUUGAGAACACAUUGUUUUGUGUUAAAUGUGGAUAUAAAUAACAUGAUGUAGACCCUACCUGUCUUUUUGCGCACCAGAAACAACUGGUUUCACCACACUGACGCACUCAGACCCACACUGAAAAAAUAUGAAAUAAAAAGUAAUAAAAAAAUACUGCUCUGUUCCUCCACCAAGCUGGGGACUCCUGGGGAGGGUGUCACUAAGCCUCCCAUUUUUGUCAUUUCCUUCUCUCUCUCUCUCUCUCUCUCUCACUCUCUCUCUCUCUCUCGCUCUCUAUCUCUCUUUCUCCUUCUCUCACUCACAGUCAUAAGUCAUAAUCACUCACUCCUGAGUGUUUUUUUUUUUUUACAAUUUACGCCUCAAAGCCUUGGAGGCAUCCGGUCAAAUUCACCCUUGACAACUACCAUCGGAGCAAACCAACUACUACUACAAAUACUACUGCUACUGCUGCUACUACUACUAUUACUACUGCUUCUACUGCUCCUGCUAUUAACACUACUGCUACUAUUAGUGCCACUACUGCUAAAAAUACUACCACCACUACUACUACUACUAAUACUACCAUUAUAAUAAUAAUUAUAGUCUUGCAUAGUCUCAUUACUUUUCCUCUGUCUUGUGUGACUCAUCACGUGACUCAUCAUGUGACUAACAUAAACCCUGAGUGCC